UGCCGCUCAAGUCAAUGGGGCCGCUCUAGGAUCAGGGCGUAUUCACUGUUUGGGAAUCAGGAAAUGCGUUCAUGUUGGUAGGAACCCUUCCAGGGUUCAAUUAGUUGAGUACACGGUGUGAGCACCACUGUUGUUUAGUGUAUGUUGACCAAGCAGACAGUUCAACAGCGCCCGUCAGAAGCAUCACGGGCAGCCCACCGGCCAGCUGCUGCUCUCCUGUCUUCCAAUGGCUGAUACAACCGCGUUUUCACCGGAUAAAACAACAGUCAAUGGAGACGGUACAACAGGGGCCAAAAACCCGGACUAUAUCGCCUUCGUCCUGGUGCCGGUCUUCUUCCUCUUGGGCCUGUUAGGGGUGGUAAUCUGUCACGUGCUGAAGAGGAAAGGCUACCGGUGCACGACUGAGGCCCAGGAUGAAGAUGAGGUAUUUGAAGAAGAGGAGAAGGACCCUGAACUGGGUGGAGAGCUGAACGACACCAGUGACAACGACACAGUCGGACAGAUUGUUCAUUACAUCAUGAAAAAUCAAGCAAACUCUGAUGCUCUGAAAGCCAUGGUUCAUGACACCAGCAUUGACUCUGACGGUCCUCCGCUCACCCCGUCCUCCCCCAACAGCCCAACUAGUCCGAUGACGCCCAUCUCACCCGGAGCGCCCCUCGGAGCUGCCAAGCACACCUGCAACCACCUUCACACCAUCGGAGGCGCGACUGGCAACAAGAACAUCUGCACCCGCUGCAGCCAAAAGAAAUGGCCACUGAUCAGGAAGCCAUCGCUUCAUAAGGCAGAGCAGCGCCGCAGUCAGUACGGAGAGGUCACGGUCCUGGCUGUGGGCAGGUUCCGGGUGACAAAGUGUGAAAAACCACCCAGGGAGAGGCGGACUCUGUUAAUAACAGACACUAAUGGCAGCGUCCCAGCGUCCCCCACGGAGGCUGCGCUCAGGAGCCGGACGACGUCUGAGUCCCAGCAGGUUCAGUCGGGCAACACGGACACAGAGAAGUGAUAAAAGCAGGAAACUCCAGCUUUCCAAAGGGAAGGGAGAAGCAACAUCUGGACUUUUUUUUUUUUCCAAAAAACAACAAAGAAGAACAUUCAAACGUCAGCACAGGAGGAGGAGGAGCACGAAGAGCGGCGGGGCGGAGUCCAUCCAAGAAUCGUCCACAUUCUCGUCAGGCGCAUUAAAAGGUGCUGCUGAUGAAGACGGCGGUUUUAUUAACAAGUAGGGGGGGGGGUAAGGUGUGUCGGGCUGUGCACUCAAUUACCUCCUGUAGUAAUUUACAGUAGUGCCUUGCUCAAGAGCAGCUGCUCAAUGUUAAGGAUCUUGUCCGAAAGAACAAAGGUCUCAUUGCUCGUGUGAUGUCGACGCGGUGGUCCGUGGCGUAGACGCGUGCGCAUGUGACAUGUUUUUGCAUGUUAUCAAACAGUUGAGCUGAUAACAUCCACCACCACCCCCCCCCGGGAUGGACCAGGUGCUGCCAGCCUCAGAUAAAGUCGUCGCUCGUCUCUUCCCAAACAGGAAGACGGAACAACCUGAUUAUCAGAGCAGAGAAACGCGCCACAGCAUUAGUCCAGGUUGAUAAGAGGGGAAAAUGGCAGCAAUCACGUUCCUGCGGGGGGGGGGAGUGUGUGAACGCGACGAUUCGCAAUAUCGUAGUAAACUCAACGGCGUAAACUGUAAAAGAAGAACACGCAGUAUUUUUAAGACACAGGCUGUUUACAAGUGAUGACACAUGGACUGUAUAUAAGAAGUGGGGUAAUGUCGCAGGUUUGCAAAGUGAAGUAGCAGUUAGCCACCAGGGGAGGGCGCUGGCUGUAAGAAGAGUUCCGUUUUGAAUGGAAGUCUAUGGAGGAAAUGAGCUUAUACCGCUCACUUGAUAUACAACAGAAGUCAAUGUUCUCCUGAGGAGUUGAUGGUGUAAAUCACAAAUGAUGUGUCCAUACAACAGGUGCCUGCUUGUGGGUCAUGUUAAAACACAGGAGCAGAGAGCUGCCUUUUUUUGUGUCUGCAUUAGAUGCAUUAGAAGACACAUUUAUAUUCAUUUGGACUCGCGCUUACUGAAUACGAGUCUGAUAUUGACUUGUUUAUUUGUAGCUUUGGUCGUUACUGACUACUGACAACUUUAAUACCUGCCUCUUUAGCCACUGGGCUCUCCUUUAUGUUGACGUGCUGGCUGCUAACUACGUGCUAACCGAGCGGCAGACGGAAGUGAACCGAAAUAGUCUGAUGAAAGAUCUGAAGUCAGCUCAAAGACACCAGAACACUACACAAAGCUGCACUGCUGAGUAUAUAAUUCUCUCUGGCUUCAUUACAGUUUUUAUAAAUCACCAGUUUAUAGGGAAAUAUUGACUGUCUCUGCUUUAAUUUUUUAAUUUUCGAAACACGGACUUUAAGACUAGAUCUAUGUAUUUUUUUAAAACUUGCUAAAAUCACUGCUAUAACAACAAUAAAGAUUUUAUUGAUAGAUGUUAGCCUAGCUUAGUUCACCGAUAUCUGAAUCACAUGGUUUGAGGUUCUGUUUUUUAAACUUCAAAGGAAUGCUCUGAGAAUCCUGUUCCACUUCUGUCGAUCUUUUCGCGCCGUCCGUGUUAUACUCGGCUCUACGCGUAGAAUGAAUCUUCAUCCGUUGAAGCUACUCGUUUCAAUCCCUCCUGGAUUCCUCACACCUUCCCCCGGAGCUGCGUUCACAUUAAUCGUAGCUGCAGAAAAGGGUCACGUGCAGAUAGUGAACUUAAUCCGUCAUAGAUUAUCUCUCAAAUUGUUCCUCCAGGCUCUAAUCCCUCGUUUGUCUCGAAUGAAACGUGCCUUUCAUUUUCUGAGGCGUGUGUGUCGCUGCAUGUGCUGCGGUGGUAAUAAGCAUUUAGAAGGAUUAAGAUCAAUGGGGAGUAAUUCGGUGAAAGAGAUGCGUGUUGGAGAGAAAAAGUUCUUAGUCACUUUCGUGUUGAAUGUGUGUGUGUGUGUGUGUGUGUGUGUCUGAGAGAGAGAGAGUUGUAGAGAAAAGCCAAGAUAUUUAUGUUAUUCAUCUCCAAAUGAUCUGUAUUUAUCAUUUUUUUCUUAUUCUCACUUUUGUGACCUCUGAUUUUGCUUCACAUUUAUUCAUAUAUAUGUAUAUAUAUAUGUAUAUGUGUAUAUAUAUAUAUAUAUAUAUGUUUAUGUGUGUAUAUAUAUAUAUGUAUAUGUGUAUGUAAAAAAACCUCACCACCACCACCAUCAUCGCCACUCUUUGUUCCAAGCUAUUAAAAUCAAGACACAUUUCCAUCUGAAUUGUGGUGUAGCCAAUGGAGACGCGUAACCUAGAGAAAGCACUCGGAGAGCACAAACGCAGUGCUUUUCCAUUCACAGAGUACAAGCACUCGUGCGGAAUGGAUCUAUUGAAUGAAGUGUCUUCACCUCCACUACACUAGGUGGCGAUAUGCCCCCCUUUUAGUUUGUUAGUAUUGGUUCAGCUGGCAGUGAGUCGUUAGCAUGUUGCGCCACCAGCCUUUGUUCUUCCACCAUCUUUGUAUAAUCUUUGAAAUGGUCAAUUCUUUUAAGUGAUAAGAUGAACACGGCCAAGUUUAAAGAAAGUGUCCUUUUUCACAAGGUAAAUGAUUGUUUUUAACAAAAAUAUCCACAAUCUAGGACCGUAUCCAAACUCGGCCCACAGUCAGAAUGGAAACUUUAAAUUCCUCCAACAAUCAACGUCGGACUGUAACAUAGAGAAAGCCUACUUAUUUUGGAAAUAGUCGACACUCUAAAUCAAACCGCUUAUUAAAACCAAAUUUUAACCAAAGCAAAAAGCACAAAGGGUCUGAGUGUAUUUUUUGUACUGAUGCCGUCAUUAUUUUUAAAGCGUCUACCUCCUUUUGAAAAUCUGACCCGAGGGAGCAGCAGGAUCAGGGAAGUCGAUUGAUCUGGAGGUGUAAUCCUCCUCUCAAGGUGGCGCUCCACUGACUUCAUUCAUCAAAGUUAGUCACAAGGAGCCCGAGUUCAAACUUAAAGCUUUAGUUCAUGAAGUUUCUGGUGCUUGACCACACUAAAAAUGUCUAUAAAGAUUCUGCUCUUUUUUUUGCGUUGUUUUUAAAAUGGUUUCAUGUGUCCUCAUGCUUUUUUAAAAGGGAUAGUUCAGGUUUUGCUGUUUCCAUAAGCUCUCCUGGGAGCUGGACACUCGGAAGGAAAACCAAUAGUAGCCACUGAUCAAAAGUGUCCACCUAAUACCGUCUGCGCCUGCUUAAUGACAUAUCUACAGAGACACACACUGUUUGACACCUUUUUCCGGGGAAAAGCAGAUGUCUUAUUGAUUUCAUUAACGAUGCCUCUCCUCUCAGUGCAUGCAAGUCAGGACAGUGACCAGGUUUUGGUUGCUUAGUAACGAGGGAUGUGGCAGAAGUGGUGGAAAACCACCUCUGGCUUCUUCCACACACGUUUUUUCAACUCCUUUUCUUAGACGCCGCAUGUAAACGACCCUUAAUACUAAGAUAUCUUUAGGAGUAAGUUUUUCUCUCACGGCUAAACAACCCUUUUCUGGCUGCAAAAGCUUUGUGUAAACCGCCCUCUCUCCUGCACCAAAGUCCAUAGGGAAAAUCGACGAUUUUCCAUCACUGCAUACGGGAGUUGUGGAUCCACGGCUGCCUCCGUCGCUCAGUCCAAAUGUGUUAUCGCGUGACUUUGGCGUUUGAAAUCCGUCACUUGGAUUAACCUUAGUGACACAAAGUUGUCUAACGCCGCCGCUGUGUACCAGCAGCUCCUGCAUCGCCGCACACUUAAAACACAGCUUUUCUCAAUGGACUUUGUUGCGUACUUUGACGAUGUUAAAUGUUUAUGUGCCAAUACCUCAUAAAACCACAAAACCUCAACUAUCCCUAAUUAGCCAAAUAUGUUAUAAUAAUAAUAAUAAUUAUUAUUAUUAUGGAUCAUUGUGAAAACAUAUCUUAUUAGACACUUUUUAGUUUUUGUCUUGAUAUUUAUGAAUGUCAUAUGUUGUGUUGUUUUUUGUAAACAUCUACAUAUUCAGUCUGUUUUCUCAUGUUUUGGGACCAUUUGCUGUGUUUUUAGUUUUGGAGAAAAAAAUAAAAGAAAUAAAGCUGA